UCUAUUUCUUCAGACGCUGCCGUCGAUGGGUGAGUGGAACCUCAGUUGUUUAUUUGCUUUUUCUCAGCGCUGGGGUUUUCAUUAUUUCAUUUGGCCUACUGCAAGAUCGAGUCAUCGUCACUUUUCUUCGUCGGCUUCAUCGUAGUUGUUAAGGAAAUUUAUACCUCUGCGGCCUGUGACAUUGGCGAUAUGUUCUGAACUUACAAUCUUUGCUUUCUUCAGCUUGCUGACCGUUGUUUUUCUUGCACUAUGAUUCGUAAACUUUUUCUCUCACUUUCUUUAAGGCUAGUACCAGCUACGGAUACUUUCAUUAUGUUAGUUAUGGUAUUUUCGCCCAUUGGUUUACGGUUUUGUUUGCUACUGAGGUAGAAAAAAACAGACCAUUGCAUGGAUGUUUUUCGUUCUCCAAAAGACUCGAAGAGAGCAACCGGACACCUUCCUCCUACAAAUAACGUACGUGACUUGAAAUCUCUGUUGUUAUCAUGGAAAACUUGUAUCCUUGUUCAUUUAAAUACCUGAAAAGUGUAGCUGUCAUUGUUUGCGUGUGGUUGCCACCGUUUUUGUUCUUUAUUUUUUUACUUUAGCGUAGUCUGUUAUAAAGUAGCUUGUUUUUUAGUUUCUCUGGCUCAUUUUCCUCGAUUUUGUUGACAGUACUUUUCUCUUAGCACCGCAUUUUCAAUACAUUUAGCCACAAAGACAUACUUUUUACUGUGUUCGGGUUUUUGGAAUAUUUUUUUAACCUUUCUAUUGUUGUUUUGCGUACAAAAUCAAAUCGUCGUUUGCUGAAAACCAUGGCUAUUUUUAUAAAUUUUGUUGUUAAAACAGCUCUAAUCUGAUUCGUUCUUGGUGGUUUCUUUUGUGUUUUCAGCCAAUCAGAAAGCAUUUGUAAUUUGCACUCUUGUUGCAAGUUUUGCACUCGGGUUACAAGUUUGCAGUCGUGUUGAAGAGGAAAUGCACUCCUUUCUCAGCCAGUCAGAAUUUAGUAAUUUUUUCGCGUAUAUUAUUACAACUGAAAUACAAGACUUGACAACUAAUUUCAAAUACUUAAACAACUAAUUGUUCCUAUAAACCAUACAAACAAAUACACCUAGUAUAGUCCCACAAGGCAUACAAAAUUUGAAAGACUUGAUUAAGCUAAGUUUAACUAAGUUUAAGCUUGAUUAUUAAUUAAACUAACAAGUAAUUAUCAAAUACUAAUUGUGACAACUAAAUCUACAAACACUCGAUAAUAUAUUCCUAUAAACGCUUCCUAUAUCCAGUAUUUGACGCGGAACAAUUCGACUUUUCGUGAGAGUAGCCCACUUCGAUUUCCUAGUUCUUUUAAGCGAUUCCUUCACUGUGGUUCCAAAGUCUUGGGCGUAGUUCAAAGCACUAAAUGUUUUCUUGUUGAAUUAAAAAACCACGUGUUGGUUUUCCACCUGCGUUGUCAGGACUGUUUUUGUAGCUCGAUAUAGACUUUUUCGAAAUCCUCUUUCGCGUCCCUCAAUGUUACCUUUUUCGCAGACAUACCUUUUGGCGUAUUUCAAAAGCGUUAUAAAGACAUCCAAGGGUUUUAAGGAAGAAAUGAAACUGUUUCAGAAACGGACGGUUUUAAUACUAGCUUAAUAGUCUCAAUAGUUAGAACUGCAAGUUACAAAAAUGAUUUCCAGUACAAAUUCCAUGCACUUAUAGACCUUAAAAGAAAGAUGCUGAUUUCUUUAAGCCAUCAGAGUUUCUUUUUGGCCAGAUCCAAUGCUAAGAGUCACUGCUUUUUAAUUGGGUAGUAAUGUUUAACUUGACGACCUUUUGGGUCCGUGAAAACAGAUGAGGAGAUGAAGGAUAGGGAGGAAGCCAGUCAAGCAAUUGGAACAAGAAAGGUUGAUUGGAAGUUUCCGUGAGAUUGGAUUGUUCAGUGUUAAAAAAUUAGACAGUUACUGUUUUCAUUUGUUUGGGAAAAAAGAAAGGACAUCUAAAUACUAGGCUUCACUUACCGUUAAAACUCUUUAACGUUUUUUCUUAGUGAUGAUUCAGCAACAAACCGUGACAUAUCUGGAUUGGGUGAGGGUUUGGAAGGAAGGAGGAAUGCUACUUCUGACAAAAGAUUCAGAUCUUUGAACAGAGCUUUGACGGUCUUUUUGUCUUAUAAAGGUAACUGUAAGGGUAACAGGAAGGUAAAAUAACAACAAUAUUAUAAUCAACCACCACUCUCCUAAAAUCAUCGCAGUCCAGCCUUGUCCCAAGACGUUCUCGGCUCGGUCAAUCCUAGACUCUAUCAUGAGCUGUGACAUCACCAACGGAGACUCGAUCGCCUUUUCCCAGUGAGACUUCGCGCGGACAAUGGGGCAAGAGAGAACGCCUAGGGACUAGGCUGAUCGCAGUCAACGCUAGACGACAAGUUCCGGCUAAACGGAGAUGAUCACCAAUGGAGGCUGGGUCAGUGUAAAGCCUCUUCACCAGUUUCUCGUUUCUCGCUUUUUUUGCAUUGCUAACGGUCUACACCUUACUCUGACGAUUUAUCAGACACAGUUCACAAUAACGACGGCCACACCAAUGGAACCCUAAAAAAAUUGAAUUUGCCUUGCCUUUUACAUUAUUUAUGAAAACUAAAAUAAAGAGUAUUAGUCUCACGCAAUAUAUAUUUGUACUAUUUGAGAACUGAAAAUGAACUUGCACCUAUAAAGCUUGUCAAACUUUUCAAAAAUUGAAAAUAGAUUUUAAAAUUCUGGUAUCUAACCAAGGCGAAGGGUGGCCAAUUCUUGGGCCAUCUGCCUGGUUUAAAGGAGUCUUGAUUUUAUUGAAUAUAGCAGCAGUUUCUUUGCGCUUGCAAAUGUGCAAGGAAAAAAAGAAUUAAAACAAAAGUACUAUAGAAAAGCAUGAUCGUGUGAGGUGAUAAUUAAAUGUUCUAACCUAAACUGUUUUAUUCUAUUGAAGCGACACAACUGAGGCCACUAAACGUGGAUUUCCACAAACAUGAGAAUCGCAUGGCUCAUAGAACUGACGAUUACGAAUCUGAAGAGCUGAUCAUUAGGAGAGGUCAGGAAUUUCAAGUCACGGUGACGUUCGACAGAGUGUACGGGCCGGAAUCUGACCAGAUAAUACUGCAAUUUGCUACAGGUUUGUUAGGUCAUUUAUUAACUGUCUUGUAGCUAAUUAUCGUCCUGCACGCUGUUCGACCCAUAUUAUAGGUAUGUGCCGCGGUUGGGUUAUGGUAGUAGUGCUGAGUCCUAGGUCUUAACUUUCACAACCUUGUCAGCGUACUAACAAAACGAUUUAUCAACGUGUACUCUACAAUCCUGUGCUUUAUGAAUGUCCAUGUGAUGAAAAACACAAAAAGCUAGGGUGUAAGUCCAAAGACUACUGCAAAGCUGAUCAUAAUAACGUGUAUUGCUUUUUCAUAACAAUAUUUCGGCUGGUCGAACCAGCCUUCUUCAGGUUUACAAAUGUUACUUUUAGCUGAUUAGAUCUCUUUUCUGGAGAUUCAAAGUUGACAAAUGCAACCAGCAGGAUCUUCGUCCACGGUUUUUGUAGUUAAUUUUUUUAUCAUUAAAAAAGGGAGUCCAUUUUCAAUUUUAUUUCUAGUCAGCGGUGGCGGAUCCAGACCUUCAGAUAAGGGGGCGGUCUCAAAAAACACUUUUUUCGGCCCUUCGGGCUCCAGUUUGGUCUGAUAAUAAGGUGGGCGGACCCCCCGGGCCCUUCCCCUGGAUCCGCCACUCAGGAUCAGGGUUUGAGAACCUUCGCGACAAUGAAUUAAACUGUCCGUUAAAUUGGUCGACCUGCCCUUCCCCCCAUCUCCAACCCUAUGUAAGUCAAGGCGGAGGGAUCACGUGCGAAAGCCGAAUGAGAAGUGAACGCCUACUGCCCUGGGACUUACAUUGCUGAUUGUCUUUUUUGCUGGCUUAGGCUGAAAUAGCUCAAUAAUACAGGCAGCCUUUUGUCAUUAUUUGAUCUGAACAACAACGAACAAAACACUGUGUUUCAAAAUCGCAGGGAAAAAACCUCGGGAGAGCAAAGGCUCCCUUGUCCGAGUCACACUUCGUGAUGUCCUCACGCCCAACCAAUGGGGAAUGAAAAUCAAGAAGGUCAGCGACAAAACCAUGCACCUAACAGUCAUGCCCUCAGCCAAUGCUAUUAUUGGACGUUAUGAAGUGUUCUUGGAGACCAAAACGGCAGACUCCGAGGGAAAGCUUUCAGUGUUUAGACGCAAGGAGGACGAAACUGUGUGCAUUUUGUUUAACGCUUGGUGCCAAGGUAUAGUGAUCCUGCUUUAGUAUGGCGAGGAGAGCCGCUAAAUUAUAUCAGAUGUGUUUGGGCUGGAAUCCCGAAAUUGAAGGAGUUCUGUUUGACUUAUUUUGGCUAUUAGAAAGUUUAAGAUACCAAGACGGCAAAAGCGGCAAAAACCUAACUUGAAAAUUGAUUUCGUGUUAAACGUCUUUGAAAAUUCAGCGCGAUGGUCUCAACUCCCUCCUACUGUCAAACGAUGGACGAACUCUACUAGAAUUGAAUUCCUUAAAAAAUAUUCAAGUUCAAAAAGAGCGAGAGAAAUUCGUCAUCGUUUGUCUACGGUCUUCAUAAGUAAUGCACUAAAAGAUAUACUAAAAGAGCCAAGACUGGCAAGCCGGUAAAUAGGUUUCUCUAUUUAUAAAAUCCACCAGUUUUUGUCACUAUCUGUAAAACUAGCAAACCUCUACUUAUAGCGCUUCUGUUUAAAAAUCUGAUUUAAAGUGCUUUUUGUUUUAUGAUGUGCAUGUUAGAUGAUGUGGCGUAUAUGGACAAUGAGGAGGAACGUCUGGAGUACGUGUUAGCUGACCAUGGUCACAUUUGGGUGGGCAGUCAAUGGAACAAUUGGGGAAUUCCUUGGAUGUUCGGACAGGUACUUGCAAAAAGCAAAGAAACCACUCUGGCCAACAGCGCUAGCGCAUGCUGUAAUUGUCUAAAACAAAGCUCACACAUGCUCUAACUGUCUCGCUUUGUCCGAGUUGACCCCGCUGGGUGUGCCGAAGUGUUUAUAUGGAGAAAAGAUGGCUCGAUUAGGAGGGUAGUCCCACCAUAACAAAGGGGUGACCGCCUAGGCAGGUCACCCUUCUUAUCCAGCCAAUCAACAGCCAAGUUUUUGUUUCUCAAGUAAACGGUUCGUUACGUUAUGAAGAGUUGACUCGCCCAGGGUAACUUGGUAAGGCGGUCGCGCUUCUACCCGCCCCCGGUCCCCCCACUUUUCUUUAUUGCAAACGGGGCCUGAGAAUGAUACGAGGGAUUUUGCAGGUCGAGGAGAGGGUUAUGCGGUCAAUCGUGUCCAUUGCCUAUUGCCCGCAUCUUACAUUGGGUAUCGCCACCAAAUUAUGGAGAAUUGGACUGGGUUUUAAAGCUAUUUACAAAGGGUGAAGUAUCUUUAAUAAUGAUAUUUAAUUUUAUCUUUCUCUUAGUUUGAAGAUGUCUCUCUGAACUGUUCACUGUGGCUGCUCGACCACUCCGGUUUAGCAGAGUAUCAAGAGGCCAAGUCCAGUCCAAUUCCUAUAGUAAGAACUCUUUCAGCCAAGGUAAGUAACGUAGAUAUUUAUUAAUUUACUUUAGGCUACGUCCAUACAACAGCGGACGAAAUCUCGACCAGCCAAAAAGAAGAUUGACUGGACACUUGGCUCACCAGGGACCAGUUCAAUAUUUUCGCUCUUUUAGAACUAAGCGUCUAAAGUUUCGUGCUGUUAAGGUGGUUUCUUGUAAAUGGAACUCCUAACGAACGAAUGUUCAACUAGUCGAAAAUUCGUGAACGUAUAGCGUUAGAAAGAUCUAAAAUAGAAAGUCUUUUUUUAUCAAUUUUUUUUAUUAUCUUAUAGGUUGUUCAGUUUACUAUUUUCACCAUUUUCCGUCUUUGGACGGACCGAAAUUUUCCGUCAAUGCGUCGCUAAGGAAAGCACUAGAAAGAGGCUCUUUCAGCGGGGGCGUAGCUUGAGAUUUUGUAAGUGUACGCACGCGGGGAUGGGGAGAAAAGGGGGCACGAAUUUGCCAAAAACAACCCCCGCCCCUUGCUCACCAUCAAAACGUCUGUAAAAUUCGGUGACUCAGUUUGAGCAGCUAUAACAAGUCUUCCUUAGUUCAACAAAUCCCGUUAAACUAGGCAUCUUAAAAAUUUUAAGGCGUUUAUUUAGCCGUGUUGACGGAUUUUUGCUAACUUAGCUAAUCCCAGGCUUUAAUAGACAGUUUUCUUGAACCGCUUACCUUCAAACUAAGACCAAGUACAAUGAUUAUCUUACAGGUCAAUUUUGACAAUAAUGGAGGUCUUCUGUUGGGUCGAUGGAGUGAGCCCUACAAAGAUGGCACCAAACCUACCGGCUGGACUGGAAGCGUUAACAUACUGGAAGAAUUCUGGAAGACCAAGAAUCACGUGAAGUACGGACAGUGCUGGGUCUUCUCAGGACUGGUCACAACAUGUGAGUUGCCAAUUUAAUAAUUAUCAGAACAUCGCGCAGAAUGCCUAUUGUUCUCGGGACAUUUACUUCCAGUUCAACAAAGUUUGUAGAUCUGUCAUAUCAUGCGUGGACGCUAUGAAAGCGCCUCAACGAUUGGUUGCCUUGUACGCACUCGGAUGCUCAUUAAUAUGAUGUAGGUGGCAAACUAAACAAAGGGGACAGUUCGCUGUUGUUUCUCCUUUUAUAUGGCGCGUUAUUAGGGUCAAAAUUAAUAAUGCAAACUUUUCUUUACCAUUACUUUCGAAUUGCAACUCUUGUGGCAUGAUUAAUUGCUAAUGUAGUUUCUUUUGACCUUUUUUUGCGAAAACUUGCUUUUUUCUGCACGUUCCAUGGCGUACAUGUGUUUUUCUUUACCAUUACUUUCCAAUUGCAACUCUUGUUACAUGGUUAAUGCCAAUUAAGUUUUUCUUCACAUUUUCUGCGAAAACUUACUUCUUUCUGUACGGUUCUUGGCUUGAGACAUAAACAUACGAAGGCUAUUUUCCGAACACAAGAAUGACUUUACACGCAAGAUUAUUACCGAAAUAUCAAAACUCUUACCAUAAACAUUCUUUAUAAAGCUCUGUUUCUAGUACAUCAGCGUAAGACAGCCGCAAGCGAUCAAAAAUACCAACAUCGAAUUACUAUUGAAAUACAUGUCUUAGCGCAAAUUUUCUGCGAAUAAACUUACCACGCAAAUUUUCUGCAAAAAAUCAACCAGGCGUCCCAAACAGUGUAAAAUGGGGUUGACAGGCCUACACGACUCCCCAGCGCGUGUUUAAAAUAGCCUUUUUAUAGUCUGGCUCUCACGAGUAUGUCUUUGAGCGACCGCCCUCUUUUGUUGGAUACGAGGGGCGGUUUUUUGUAGAUUUCGCUCAGUAAUGGUUGUUGUUCUAUGAAAUGCCAGUUUUUCAUGAGAAUUUGCUUUACGUUAGGCACUGAUGGUUGGUAUUGUGUGACAAAAGGCAAGAUUCGUAGGUUUGUCUUUGGUUUCUGUUGAAGAGCUAGUUUCCUGUCUUUGAAAUUCACCUCUGGGAGGGUUGUGUUAAUGAGAUCCUCUGGGUAACCCCUCUGUAGCAGAUGCGCUUUGAAAUCAGGGGCACCCAAAGACAAUUUUCGGAAGAACAUCUGUUCGGAACACGAUUUGUGAUCUAGAAUUUUCGAAACAUUUGUUGUAAAAUUUCUUGCUUGCCUGCCUCUCCUAGGAUUUUCGAACAUCUAAAAAAUGGCAUAAUUGCCUAUUUUUAACGGCUUUUUACCCUAAAAAGGUCACCUAGAAUUUUCGGGAGCCUUUUUUCUGGCUGAAAUUUUCGAAAAGGUAAGUUUUAAUCCCUAUAAUUUUCGGAUCACUAGACUUUCAGCUAGGAAAUCCGAACAGAUGAAAAAUUUUUUGGGGAAAAUAUGCCUAUAUCUACCGUUUAAAUACUAAAAUACAUUUAACAAUGCUAUGUUUAAGUGGUUUUGAACUAUAUUCUCGUUGGGUGCCCCUAUGAAAUCUGUAAUUUUCUCUUCGAAUAUUAUUUUGGAAGAGUUUGUUCUGAGAAGUCGGAGGGCUUUCCCUUUAAUGAAGCCUUUUUUAACUCCUUACGGGUGACAGGAACUAAAAUGGGUAUACUGAAAUGUCUCAGUUGGUUUAAAAUGAGUACGCACAUCAAGGAUUGCGUUUCCCUGCUAGCAGAGGUCUCUCACGACGAUUGCCUCGUCGUGAGAGACCUCUGCUAGCAGGGAAGGAUUGCGUCUCUUUCGAAUCUUUCGCCUUUGUAGAUGUAGGUGUCCAGGAAUGUUGUUUCCUUAUCGGAAAUUUCAGCCGUAAACUUGAUCGUAGGGUGAUGAUUGUUUGUUUGUUCAAUGAAAUGCUCUAUUCUGUCUCUGUUUGUAGUCCAGAGCGAGAAGAUGUCGUCUAUGUAACGUUUCCAAACGAGCGGUUUAAAAAAGGCUUUGGCUAAGGAUUUCCGUCUCUACCUUGUUCAUGAAUAUAUUAGAAAAGGCGACUGCCAUUUUCGUGCCCAUGGCCGUACCACGUGUUUGAAGGUAGUUUUUUCCAUUAUACUGGAAAGAAUUUUCUUGGAGAAUUAGCCUAAGCGCUUGUUUUAGUAGUUGUGUAAGGAUAGGAGGUUCGUUUCUAUAGAAUAUUUCGUAUGCUCUGCAUACCGUUAUUCCCUCCUCUUGCGGUAUAUUUGUAUACAACUCGUAACGUCCAUUGAAACAAGUAUGACAUCCGCUGGGACUUUCGUAUUUUCUAUGAAAUUGACGAAGUCGGUAGUAUCUUUAAGAUACGACUUUUGUUGUUGUGCUAUCGGCUGAAGGAGUUUGUCGACAAAUGAUGAUAAUUUCUCCGUUGGGACAUCACACCCUGAUACUAUCGGUCUGCCGACCGGGGACGGCUUGUGUAUUUCUGGAAUUCGAUGCGGAUUUGGUGUUUGACAAAGCCAUUUUUUAGUCAUGUCGUCUUUGUGACGAGGAGGAUUUUUGGAUCUGUAAAUCUCUAUCCGUGAUAAUAUAACAUUCUGCAAAGAAAACUAACGAGCUGGGCCCAGCGUGAUACAGCAUUGCAGAAAAACAUUACACUCACGGACUAAAGAAAAUCGCUUAGUUAUUCAGAUCCAGAAGGCACUUUGGAGAAAAUUGGAACCCUUAUUCAGCCGUAAUAAAAAAGCUUUACGCUUCAAAAAAAGUCAAAGAAAAUGCGCUUGUAUCAGAGGGCAAAUCCUGCCGACCAGAAACAAUAGCUACAGUAAAUCGAUAUGUGUGUCAUGACCUCUCAGUGUGAAACAUGCGGCUAAAAUCACAUUUGCUCAGUGAAAACGUAGAGCCUUCCAGAGCAUAAUCUACCCAGCAGAGGAAAAAAAACUUUCUUGGAAUAAACAGCAUUUUGGCAUAAGGUAAAAGUCGUGUAGGCCUACCACCCCCUUUUAUUGCUAUGAGGAUUUCGAGGAGCUCGCGACGGAGCUGGCGGCCGGUACCAAACAGUCGGUUGUGCUCACUCCUAACGGUGUCACGGUUUGUUGCGCUGUUUGGUUGAGGUUGUGCGGUUGUCGAGCUCGAGGUUGUUGUUGUGGUUGUCUGCGUUGUGGACGUUACAGCAGCGGUCAAGUUACGGAUAAAGUCCGCUGUCUCUAACAAGCGCUGCGCGCACUCGCGUAGCAAAUUUGAAUCCAUUGUAGCUGAGAAAGAACGACGGAAAGACAGAAACGAUCGAUAAAGAAAAAAACCAACGAAGUUUCCAGAGAUGUGACAAAUUGUGUGACAUGUGGGCCUCAGGGCAUCAUGGGAAAGUUGAUAUCACGUGACUUUUCAAGACUGGAACGCCUGGUUGAUUCUUUGCAGAAAAUUUGCGUGGUAAGUUUAUUCGCAGAAAAUUUGCGCUAAGACAUGUAUUUCAAUAGUAAUUCGAUGCUGGUAUUUUUGAUCACUUGCGGCUGUCUUAAGUUGAUGUAUUAGAAAGAGCUUUAUAAAGAAUGUUUAUGGUAAGAGUUUUGAUAUUUCGGAAAUAAUCUUGCAUGUAAAGUCAUUCUGGAGGGUCUCAAUGGGGUGGUGGCAUUUACGGUUGUCGGCUAAAAUUUUGGCUCCUUUACGGCUAUCGGCUAAUUUUUUUCAGUUACGGUUAACAAAAAAGUUAAAAAUUAACUUCUUUUGUUUCAAAAAGUUAAAUAUUAAUUAAGAACGAGAAGUCCAAAGACUACUGCAAAGCUGAUUUAAAACAACGUGUAUUGUUUUUUAUAACAAUAUUUCGGCUGGCCAUACCAUCCUUCUUCAGGUUUAUAGAUGUUACUGAACUUAUGUAGCAAUCACAAUAUUAUAUAAUGGAGAAUGUCGCAAUAAAAGGGAGAGGCGGAAAUGACGUACAACAUAAAAACUGGAAAGGAAAAAUGCUAAGGAUAUGCAUGAUUACAAUAAUUCGUCACGGCGGUUUAGGCCAUGAGAUUCAAGAGUCAUGGCCUUAUCUAUAUCAAAUGCGACUCCCUGGCCUUACGAACUGAGUCACCUGAAGAAUGAAUUUUCUCUAGUGGGAUUAACUGCAUGUCAGUAUGAGAAAGGUUAGAGUGAGAGAGAAAGUGUUCAGAAACAGUAGUGGGUUUAGAUUUAAUGUUAGUUUUGUCGACUGCACGUCUGUGUUCGUUAAAUCUGUCCUUGAGACGUCGCUUAGUUUCACCUAUAUAUUUUAUAUUGUAAAUUACAACGGUUACAUUGAACCAUGUAGAUCACAUUUUUAGUGUUACGAGUAAUGUGUGAAGUGAUGGAGCGUGUUUCACCUGUAGCGUAAAAGGUAUAACUUGUGAGGCCGUUAGAAAUGGACAAGUGGCACAAUUCUGUCCACAACGGAAGGAGCCUAGCGGAAAAUGAUUGGUGGAGAUAACGGGCAGUUGUGCUUUAACUAAAAGGUCACGAAGAUUAGAGCUACGUCUGUAAACAACAAAAGGCGGUUGCUUAAAGACGUCUUUGCAGCGGUUAGAGGAGUGUAAGAUGUUAAAGUGUUUGCGUAGGAUAUUAGAAAUGCGUGGAAGUGCUGGGUUAUAUGUGACAACAAAUGGUACAACAUCGUUGGACGCUUUGGGUUUCGCGCCAAAAUUAAGGAGUAAUUCGUCACCUAUGAUAUUAUUGUUAUAACCACGAGCAAGGAGAUAUGUUUUAAGUUCAUUAAUGCGAUGUUUAAACUUAGCGUCUGUAGAGCAGAUACGGCGGAGGCGCAGGGCUAAGCUGAACGGAAUGGAUUUCUUAGUGUGGUGAGGAUGGCAUGAUCAGCUGAGAAGGUGCUGAUGCCCGGGGGGGGGAACUCCCAUACAUUACCUAUAUGGGUAUGUGCCGCCCAACGGGGUCGCGAUUUUGAAGCUCCUGAUUUAGAACGGGGUAUCCAUUUCAGAGGCGUUUUCUAGAACGGGGUAUAAUAUUUCGAACGCACGAAAGCUCCAGUUUUGUAAGCAGCCAUUUGAAAUUAUUCAAGGACAGAUUGUUUUUAAAAAUACGGUUCAAUGCGUUAACAAGCAAACUGUUGUACUCUUGUUGCACCCUAGAACGGAGUAUAAGAAAUUGGCCCAUUUCUAGAACGGGGUAUCAGUUUUAGAGCGAAUUCUAGAACGGGGUAUAAAAAAUUGGCCCAUUUCUAGAACGGGGUAUCAAUUUUAGGGGAAUUUUUUUUCAGAACGGAGUGCCAAUUUGGAGUUCCGGGCGGCACAUACCCACCCAAAAAAUACCCGAGUGCCCCCCGCCCCCCGGGAGGGUCUCAAUGGGGUUAACCGAUAGGCGUAAAACGGCCAACAAUUUAGCCGUUAGCCGUGAAAAUUGAAAAAUUUUAACCGUUAGCCGUAAAUAGGGUAAAAAAGAGUUAACCGUAAAAGAAAGUGUUCCCCAGAUCUGCUACAUACUUUUAAGGAAGGUACUAAACUCACUUAUGGUUGCGUUUUUUAUUUCCCGGCUAGUGUGACUCCGUACGCACGUUAGGCGAAGCGCCUUAACCAAGACCUAGGCUCCACCCGGCGCUCUCUCGGGGAACUAAUUUUUUCCAUAGCGAAAGUGUGGCUUCUUUCCGGAGGUCGUGCCCUCGAAACACUAGUGAAACAACACGCAGAGAUGUCACUGUUUGUAAAACACGCUGCCCACGCAAUCUCGGUCAAGGCAUUUCGGUGGCGAACUCGCUCGGACCACGUGACCCGAAACUCAUUAGCCGCGCAGAAUAAUGCGGCCUACGGACAAGGCAACGGCAGGCAGUCGUUCCGUACAGUCCUUCGCUAUCAUUAAAAACACUGGACACGGGAAUCAUGUUAUUGGCCGUUUUCACACUAGAGCUAGAAAUGGAUCAUCCGUCUGAGACUAGCCCGUGUACAGUCGCGUCCUCCCCACAGACACCCUUUCUCCGAUUUUUUCUGAGGGGAGGGGGCGGCUAUACACAGGCUAUCUGGAACGGAUAUUCCCGUCUUCAAAAGUCAGGCGGAUUGUUCAUUCAACUUAAAACUAUUCCAUUUUGAAAUUAAGACGUAUUACCUAUCUGACGCGAAUCAUCAAACGGAUAACCCGUCUCACACGAAUAAUCCUUCUCUAGUGUGAAAACGGCCACUUCUGUUAUAAUGAAUGUCGCGCCCCGGCCUUCAGUUGGGCGUUCGCGUGUCUGCUUUUGCUUUUUCACAAAGAUUAUUUUUAAACUGACUAUUGACAUUUCUAAGCGUAAAAUAAUAGUACCAGUGGAAUACUUUAUAAAAAGUAUAAUCUAUCAAAUGUUAAAAUUUUUCAAAAGAAUAGCUUAUUUCAUCCCGAGAUGAUCUGAAGACCUUUAUCAAAAAAAAAUACAGGUUAAUUAAUAUUUAACUUUUUGAAACAAAAGAAGUUAAUUUCUAACUUUUUCGUCAACCGUAACUGAAAAAAAUUAACCGAUAGCCGUAAAAGAUCCAAAAUUUUAGCCGAUAACCGUAAAAGCCACCACCCCAUUGAGACCCUCCCCCGGGUGCUGAUGUUUAUCUGUGAGUUUAGUAAAUAGAUCAGUUUCAAUUGUACCGUUAUGUAGAGACGCCAUGACGUCGAGAAAAGGAACGUUAGUAAGUGAGUGAGAGCUAGUGUACUUAAUAGUGGGAUGAAUGUUAUUGAGAUAAUCGACGAAUAUUUUCAAACGAUCCGAACCUUCUGUCCAGAUCAUGAAAAUAUCAUCGAUAUAGCUCCACCAUGUGUGAGGCUGCCAAGGGGCGUUAGUGAGAGCGUUGGUUUCGAACAUACCAAGAAAAAGGUUAGCAAAAGAAGGAGCCAUUUUAGUACCCAUAGCAGUACCAUGGAUUUGAAGAUAAUGCUGUUGGUUAAAUGUGAAAUUAUUCAUGGUGAGAAUCAUGCGUAAGCCACAUAGUGUCUCUGUGGGGAUGUGUUUGUUAGGGCGGCUAUCAAGAAAAUGACGGCAUGCAUCAAUUCCUUGAUUGUGUGAAAUGUUGGUGUAGAGCGAUGACACAUCAAGAAUUACAAGAAUAGCGUUGUUAGGUAGGUCGCCGAGGUUAGAAAGUUUAUUAAGGAAGUCAGUAGUGUCUUUAAUGUGUGAAUCCAAGGUAGAGACGAGAGGGUUAAUGUAGUAGUCAACAAAUUGUGAGAUGCGUUCAGUAGGGUGGCUGUUAGAUGAAACUAACCUAUAUGGCCAGCCGAAAUAUUGUUAUAAAAUACAAUACACGUUGUUUUAAAUCAGCUUUGCAGUAAUCUUUGGACUUCUCGUUCUUGGUUCUUUAUAUUUUGGCUGAUUUGAUCUCUUUUCUAGAGAUCCAACGUUUACAACUAGCAGCAACUAAAUAUUAAUUAACCUGUAUUUUUUGUAUCUUUAAAGCAAGUAAAGGUCUUAAGAUCAUCUCGUGAUAUGAAAUAAGCUAUUCUUUUGAAAAAUUUUAACAUUUGAUAGAUCAUACUUUUUAUAAAGUAUUCCACUUCAGGAGCCCAUGUCCACUUCUAAUAUUAUUUUACACAUAAAAAUGUCAGUAGUCAAUUUAAAAAUAAUCUUUGUGAAAAAGCAAAGCACACACGCGAACGCCUAACUCAAGGCCGGGGCGCGACAUUUGUUACAACAGAAAUGGCCGUUUUCACACUAGAGACGGAUUAUUCGUGUGAGACGGGUUAUCCGUUUGAUGAUUCGCGUCAGAUAGGUAAUACGUCUUAAUUUGAAAAUGGAAUAGUUUUAAUUUUGCAUGAACAAUCCGCCUGACUUUAUCCUUCAACUUCGACGGACAGUUUGAAGACGGGAUUAUCCGUUUCAGAUAGCCUGUGUGCAGCCGCCCCUUCCCCUCAGAAAAAAAAUCAGAGAGGGGGUGUCUUUCGGGAAGGCGGGCGACUGUACACAGGCUAGUCUCAGACGGAUAAUCCGUUUCUAGCUCUAGUGUGAAAACGACCAAUAACAAAAUUAACGUGUCCAGUGUUUUUAAUGGUAGCGAAGGACUGUACGGAACCACUGUUAGCCGUUUUGCCUUGUCCGUAGACCUCAUUAUUUCGCGCGGCUAAUGCGUUUCGGGUCACGUGGUCCGAGCGAGUUCGCCACCGAAAUGCCUUGAUCGAAAUUGCGUGGGAAGACGCCGUACAGGAACUAGGCAUGGCAAUGUCUACCGUAGCGUCGGAGAAAAAAGGGAAAUGUUGUUUAUCGGCAACUUGUUUUACAAACAGUGAGAUCUCUUCGUGUUGUUUCACUAGUGUUUCGAGGGCAAGACCUCCUAAAAAUCGCAAACAUUAAUCCCCAGCAAGAAGCCACACUUUCGCUAUAGAAAAAAAAUUAGUUCCCCGAGAGAGCGGCGGAAAUGGAAAUGGGUCUUGGUCUUCACCUAAAAGGCGCUUUACCUAACGUGCGUACGGAGUCACACUAGCCGGGAAAUAAAAAACGCAACCAUAAGUGAGUUUAGUACCUUCGCGUCCUUAAAAGUAGCAAAUCUAGGGAACAAUUUCUUUUACGGUUAACUCUUUUUUACCCUAUUUACGGCUAACGGUUAAAAUUUUUCAAUUUUUACGGCUAUCGACUAAAUUUUUGGCCGCGGCUGUGUACGCCUAUCGGUUAACCCCAUUGAGACCCUCAUUCUUGUGUUCGGAAAAUAGCCUUCGUAUGUUUAUGUCUCAAGCCAAGAACCGUACAGAAAGAAGUAAGUUUGCGCAGAAAAUGUGAAGAAAAACUUAAUUGGCAUUAACCAUGUAACAAGAGUUGCAAUUGGAAAGUAAUGGUAAAGAAAAACACAUGUACGCCAUGGAACGUGCAGAAAGAAGCAAGUUUUCGCAAAAAAUGUCAAAAAAACUACAUUAGCAAUUAAUCAUGCCACAAGAGUUGCAAUUCGAAAGUAAUGGUAAAGAAAAGUUUGCAUUAUUAAUUUUGACCCAAUAAUGCGCUAUUCGCAAAUCUCAAAUAUGCCCAUAUUUCGCAGCGACAUUUUAAAAACUCGCUUUGCUUUAUUGUAUUGGCAGUUCAUUUGGUAAAAAAAGUUAACCAACAGAACGAAUGAUGAAAUGUCGAUUUAUCGUUGCGCGAGCGAGAUCUUGAUUGUGUCGUAAUUAAACACACUGGCAUUGAGUGUUUAGCGCACAGAAGCCGACGCUCAGUGUAAUGGUCUGUAAUGUUUUGCUUCUGUAUUUAAAAGGUUUUUAGCUCUUAUACAAACCAAAACGGCGGGUAAAUAAGUUUACAUUCCUUAACAGAGCUCAAACUGACUAAAGCCCUGAAAAACAAAGAUUAGCGAUGCGAGUAGCAAUCAUAAGAAAAUUCGACACGGGCGAUUCAGUGUUCGCAUGGCGAAUUUUAGUUUGUAGAGUGGUUGGUUACAGUCACUGUUCGUGCAGCGAUAGACAGAAACCUUUCUUUGUCUAAUAGGCGAUAUCCAUAGGCGAUUUACACUGUGAGCAAGUUUCCUUUGCAUCUGAUCAUAUAAGUCGGCAGCCCUAUCUUCUACCGUCGUGCUUAGGUUGCUGUUUUGUUGAAUAAGUUGCGCCAUAACGUCAUUAGGUGUGCGCUGGAUUUCGUUUGGGUUUAUAGCUAGUUUUAGCCAAGUCUCUGCUUUCAAUCGUUUUCGUUUUUUACCGUUUGUGGUGGCUUUUAUUUUUUGGCAGAAGCGUCUGAUGCUUGCGGCUACUGCAUUUCCAAUGCGGUCCCGGGAUGAAUAAAAAAGCUGGUAUCGUAACGGUAGAAUGCUUCGUUGGAUCAAAUCAAAUGCGCUCAUCGGCUGACCAUAAACUUGACGCGAUUCCCAGACUGCUUCUCCGUUAAUUUGUAGAGAGAACAUUGGAUCUUUUUCAUCCAUAAAAGGAGGAACCAUGUGGAUUAGCAGGGGAUUGAUCGGGUUGUCUAUGAGCUCUGAAAAGAGCUCCCGAUCAUUGACGUUCUCGGCGAUUUUAGCGUUGCUCAUUACGCGAUCUGGCUGGCCGUUCGCAUGAGUCAGAUGUUGCACUGUCUUGGCUUUAAACUUCGCGGCAAUUGUGAACUGUUUUAGAACUGAGUGGUUUUCUUGAAUGGGCAUUUUAUUACUCUUGACAACCAUUGUCAUUCACUCUUGGGCUUGAGACAAUAGCUCGCGUGCUCGAGACACGCCAUUUUCGAACACAACUCCUACCAGACGUUUUCAACGUGAAAGGGAUAGUGGUUCUGCUCAAACGAUUUUCAAAGUUAAACCGGAUUCCGUUGGAGAAAAGGUCCAUCUUUCAUUUUCCGCACGUAGGGUUUUAAAACGCAGUGUAAAUUUUCAGAAAUUUUCUUUCGAAAAUGGACUCCAUGCUGAAAAAGCCCGUUUUUACUGUAUUUUCAAGUUCAAAGGGAUAAUGCUUACUCUUAUUCAAUCUUCUUCAUUUUAGGCUCAAUUUGCAGGUACAUCAUUCAUCUUCAAAAAGCCGCGCGUAGGUUUUUAGGAUUUGGCUUUUGGAAAGCGGGAAAGCAAGUUUUAUCAGCGCAACCUGACCAAUUUGAGCCCUUUCUUCUCUUAUUGUGAACUCUUCUUAGCCAGCCAGCAUUCAAAUUUGCCGCUUUGCUGAUUAUGAAUAAAGUAAUGAUGUCCCUGCAUUCUGCGCGAUGAACUCCAUUACGUAGGGUUUCUGACCAGUCUGGCGCCGAGUGCGACUUUGUUAGCAUACUGUCCCGUUGUAAACGGACAAGAGACGAGAUGAGGAAUCCUGCUCGCGCUAUCUUUCUUUCCCUAACAUGUAAUCAACUUUUCUUUAACAGCGAUCAGGUGUAGGGAGGGCAUGUUCUCAGGCUAUUGAUGUCUCGGCCAUUAUUUUUGUAAUUCAAUUGACAUGAACACGAUUUUUAAGCCUUAGAUUUUUAAAAGAUAGCUAUUAGCGUGACACAACGCCUUGUUAAAAUGACUCCAUCGUCUGGAUGCUCUGUUACAGUGUUGAGAGCACUGGGUCUACCCACCCGUAGCGUGACGAACUACCACUCCGCCCACGAUCAUGACCGCAGCUUGACCAUCGAUACCCAUUUUGACGAAAAUAACGAUCCAAUUACACAAUUGGAUGACUCCGUCUGGUGAGUGUAAGUUGUUAGUAUAACUGAAUCUCUCUGAGUACACUCCACCCCUUAAUAAUACCAUGUGCAUUGAUGGAGGUGGACGGAAGGACUAAUGGGAGGAGCGAUGAUGCGGGGAGACGAUCAUUUCAGGCUAUGUACACACUAUAUCCCAUAGUUUUCCGUGUCGACGCCGAGAAACUAUCCGGUUUGUUUGAACGGCAACGGCCCCGGAAUAGGAACGCGCCAUUCAGACGCAUGGAACCGUCGUGCCGGGGUGGUUGGCCGGGAGGGCUUGGUGAACUAAAAUCCCAGUCCUCACUUUUAAAAAUAUUUACCUCCGUCUGAAUGGGUUCCAGUCCUCGCCCCCGGCCCUACUUAUUCACUUCCGCUAAGCAAGUCCGAAUAUCUGUUCACACAGUACCAGAGUGUGGCACGUUCCAUUUUCGAGAUCGGCGCGGCCCUUCUUCGACCUGUUAAAGAAUUCGCGCCGAAAUCACCGUAUUUAGGUUUAAACGGAAGCCCUAUCCGGUAUUCUCGGUUUUCACUGUCGCGCAAUCGAAAAUAAAAUUGCAAACCAUUCAGUACAGAAAGUCCAGAAUCUAGGAAAUAAAAGAAGAUAAAUAUGCAAAAGGCCUCGCCAAGAAUCAGGUCUGUGCGGUUUUUCAUAUGCGAGAUAUUCGGAAAAACGUUUUACCCAAAUUUAUAAAGCUUUGUAUGGAGACGCCAUGUUUGUGUCCCUUUGAGGGGCACAAAUAUGGCCGCCGGAAACCAACAGAAACAUCUGUUUUUGAGUUUUCCUACAAAUGCGUGAAAUCAUCGCUUGAAAAACUCAUAAAGGAUUAAAGUGAUAUUUAUUCUGAGACAAGGAAUGUUUAGGUAGCAAAGUCUCCCAAUAUUGGUAAUGUUUUUAACCCACAUAAGAACCUUCCCGACCGCCAGCCAAAAGCCGCGUCACGCAAAAGCCUACAAAUUCAAACGUUCCCUAUCGCAAAACGAAGAACCCUUUGGAACCAAAACUUUGUUUAAAUAAAGGUGUUUAGGUGCUGUAAUACCUCAUGAAACUCAGAAACUCAGAAGAAUCGAUAGUUUCUUAGUUUGAAUUUUGGUGACGUAACAUAGGCUAAGAGUGGUCAGCGCGUUGCCGCGUUGUCCCCGAGUUUGAGUCCCGCUCUGACCACUAAUUUCUCAGUAAUCCUGAGUUCAAACCCUCGGCCACAAUUCAUAGCCAAGUGGUCUGUCUCCUGCAUUUUGCGUUGGAUUGACUGUGGCAUGUUCAGCGUCUUUGAUUUGUUUAUGAUGAUUUAAGUGAGGUGCCUUGGAACAAGCAAGAUUAGCUGGGCCGGUAGGCAUAUCCACAACAAUAACAUUUACCAUUUUACCACCUCAUAUGGGCAAAUAUGGUUCUUUUUUUUUAGGAACACAGUAAAUUAAACGUGUUCUCCUAACUUGGAAUUUCAGUAAGUAGCAGUUCAGGGAAAAUUUUGGCGGCUGAGCCAAAAGCCCACGAGAAGAAUGACUUUUCCGCAAAAUUUUCCCUGAACUCGCACAAGUGAAUUGUAUCUGUGGCUCUUGUGCAGCAGUAUGCGCAGUACAAAGUUUACCAACGAAGCCUUGUUUUGGUUCACCUGGAAGCAGGCGCAAAUGAAAUACGUACUUCUAUCUUGUUCAAUCUUGUGUAUUUUCAGGAACUAUCACGUGUGGAACGAGUCAUGGUUCAAACGUCCUGAUCUGCCAGCCGGGCAUGACGGAUGGCAAGCACAUGAUGCCACGCCCCAAGAAACCAGUGAAGGUAUGUAGCAUGUGACAUUGUGCUUUCAUUAGGUGUGUCUGGCAUUGAAAGGUUCCAUUUCUGCCUCCUCCACGGGCUUUCCCAAGGCUAAGUGGGAAUUGGGGAACUCGCGAGCACGAGAGACAAGCCGAGAGAGACAAUUAAGUGAGAAGCGCGAGAGACGGAUGAUGGGAACGAGCGUAGAGUGCGAGCGGGGAGUGCUGGGGAGGAAAAGAAGAGAGAAGGAAAAGCCGCUUCGCCUUCUCCCCUUACCAUCACUCCCUUCGUGCCCCCUUUCCUUAAUGGUUAACCCAAAUAUCCCCAGUGAUCGCGAGCUACUGGUGACGAAACAGGUUCUAUUUUUCUAUUUUUCACGCCAUCCAGUACAUAAAAAAACUACUUGGUUCACGUUUCUAUUAGCUAAGUUAUGGUUAGCAAAUCAUUUUAUACGGUAUUCAAAUGUAACUUAAAAUAUAAGAUUAAAAAUUAACAUUUCCUUAUGGUCAACGUUUCUUUUUACAUAAUUUUUUCAGGUGUUUAUCGCUGUGGUCCGGCUUCCGUGAAGGCAAUCAAGAAUGCAGAGGUCUAUCUACCUUAUGACACUGGCUUUAUAUUUGCCGAAGUGAAUGGUGACAAGGUGCAGUGGGUAGUGGAUAGUUCUGACAACUCCCUCCUAAAAGCCUUUGUCACGGAUAAAAGUGCUGUUGGUAAAAAAAUCAGCACCAAAUUACCCAACCAGAACUCGGCUCAAUCUAGGCUUGACGUCACAAACGAUUACAAAUACCCAGAAGGUAAACUUUCAGUUAUAAAUUGUGCAUGCCUUGCCUAGUCCCUACUCGCACCGCCUAUGUGAUUCGGGUGGCGAGCAGUGGUCCGAGUAUUCUCCUCGGAUACGUCACCCAAAUGCUAGCCUGGGACCAGGCUUCGCAUUGGGGGAGAAAGGAAAAAAAAUGGGCGAGCGAAGUGAGCCGAGGGUUGUAGGGCUGGGGAGGAAAAACGUACUGAGUAUGCGUGAACUUUUUUGCCCAGAUCCCCUGGCCAGGUAUGAAAAAAUUGAGGGAUUUCAAAUAUUUUUCUGCCUGAUAAUAAAACGUUUCCACUCUUAACCUGGAAAGAACAAGCCAUUUUUUCUUCACAAGUUGCAAACUGUGGUUAUAGCCUCCUCAUUACUUAAUUUUCUCGAAGAAUACCUCAUAGUAAAACGGACUUUAACGAAAUUAAUUUCCUUGCGUUGUACUGGAAAUGUACAUGCGUAGGUCCGAUUUUUUUCAAGAUGCAUUCACAAAAUGUGUUCAUUUAAGGAAGUUCCUGGAUAUAUAAUAAUUACAUUAUUGCAGAACUUUUUGCAGACAAGGAAGAAAUGAAUUUUUUUUGUAAGAAAAAAACCUACUUAAAGAUCUUAAAAGCAAAAGAUCAGUGGCAGUGAGCUUCGCAGCCAUGCCAUGAUUCACCAUUUAGCUAUUUCUAAUAACUGAGAGGAUAUUACUGGUUCCAUGCAAAGGUCUUCAUUCUAUUCAAGCAAAUUAAACUCAUCCAAUCAAUAGAAAAUACAGAAAACUACACAUAAGGGUAUUUGUUUUGUUCGCCUCAGACAAAUCGAGCUCCAGCAAUUGUUUACGGGCAGAGUCAACUGUUUUGAAGCCGCUGCCGGCUGUUGUCGUUCUCUACUUCAUAGCGAGUGAAAAGGAAAAUUUGCGUACAGAAAGUUAUUUCUUAUAAAGAAGAGGAACUUUCACAGUGCACUGGAAAACAAAGCUAUGUAAUUAAAAAUGAAGAAAACUCUGACUAUUAUUACAACUUGAGCAACAGAAAAAUGAUCGAAGUAGUCUUUGCUUCUCGAGUAAGCUUGCUGGCCUUCUAUUUCCGAGAAGUUAAGCGCACAACGGUUUAAUAACAGAACACAAGCGGGUUUUAAUUCAGCCCGGCGAAAGAAGGCGAAAUCAACUCACAAAUAAAUCGAAUGCACAAUCAGAAAAAUACUCGCCUCUUUGGAAAUGUUCAAAACUUUUUAUUCCACCUCAGACUGACGGAAUGAUCCAAUUUUCCUUUAACAUUGGUUGUUUUAAGUCCAAAGUAAUUUUCAAGUGACGAAAAACAAAAACCACAAGGUAAAAAGACUUUUCGAGAAGCAAAAGUUCACAUCUUGUGCAUUUCAUUCAGUCGCCGGUCAGAACUCUCUUAGUGACAAAAACAAACACAGUCGAACACAGUCAACACAAAGAAAAGCUUGCCUUGUGCCUGUGAUAAGGGAUGCGCAGAAGCUUGCGCAGAGUGUUUUUCCCCCCUGAAGCCGAGGGGUAGCCUGGGGAGGGGGAAAGGUAACAGAGCUUAGCAGAGCCUGGACCGCCGCCCUUUCCCCUUCGCCAGACCACCGCUCAGCUCGCCUCGCUGGCCGAUAUUUUUUCCUAUUUCAACCCGUUUUUUGCCUUUUUCCCCCACUGCGGAGCCUGGUCCCAGCCGAAAUGCAUUUACCGGCAAGGGCUGGGAAAACGCGUUACAUGGACGUAACCCCGGGGGGUACUCGACCAAUCUAUGGGUAUAGGUAAGCCGCUGAGGGUUUGAAACCCUGACCCUGUUUAAGACAAAAAAAUCCUAAAAUUCAUACCCUGUCUAGAACAACCGUACAACAACCUCAAUUUUAUUACCCUGUAUAGGACAAAGGACAAAAUUCACGUCGUCUUGUUUUAAAGCCAUUUAUUGGCAAUUGCAGUAGAGAAAAUCCAUGUUAUCAUCAUUGCUUUUGUACACUUGGAGUACAAACAAAUUUUAUCAAGCAAAUGAAAUUAAUCGUGCAGGUAAUUGGCACCCGGCAAUACCCCUUCCUCCACCCCGAAAUCAGGAAAGAACGAAGUCGUUCCAUAGCCAAACCUCAAAACGCGUCAUUUUCCAUUCACACGUCAUUUUCCAUUCACACGUUUAAUGGCAACAAUUGGCUCAGGAGGGGGUAAAGUCGUUCUUCCUCUUAUGACCAGUUCCUUGGUCUUACUUAGAUUAAGUUUCAUCAAAUUAUUCUCUGCCCAGACUUUAACAUUUUCUACCUCCUCAGAGGCACUAUCUUUGACAUUAGGCCCAACGGGUAUACUACAUGUAACGUCAGCGUAUUUAGUCAUUAAGGUAUUCUGGGAGGUGGAACUUAUAUCAUUACUCAUGAUGGUAAAAAGUACAGGCCCCAGAACAGGGCCUUGGGGCACACCUCGAUUGACAGGUAAGAAUGGGGUCAUGACUUUGUCUACACAUACUCUUUGCUGACGAUCUUUUAAAAAGUCAAUAACCCAAUUAACAAUAUAAGGGUUAAUGUCAGGCACUUUCUUAAGUUUAUCAGUUACUACUCUAUGGGAACUGAGUCAAAGGCUUUUGAGAAGUCAAAAGACAGAACUCUAGCAAAG